AAAUCAUGGUAGUGGAACAAAGGCAUCCCCCGAUUCCUUCCACUCUCAAACUUUCUCUUUAUUAAAUCUCAAAUUUCCAUUUUUAUUUUCCUUCCUUUUUUUUUUUCUUUUGCAGAGGAAAAGUUUGCAAAUGUUCGCUGCUCUCCUUUUCUUCUCUCUCCCUCUCUCAUCAUUCAUUUAUUCAAUUGCGACACCAAAUUAAGAAGAAGCCACUGGAAGAAGAAGAAGAAGAAGAAGAAGAAGAAGAAGAAGAAGAAGCAACGCCGCCACAGAAGGAGCUGGCGCAACCGGUUUUCUUUGAUCAUUUAGGGUUUUAGGGUUGUGUUUUGAGGGUUUCUGAUGGUGCAGUCGGUGAAUUUUUGGGGCGGUUUUGGUUCGAAUUUUUUGGGGGUUGGAUUGGAGGUGCCUCUCCACAAGAGAUAGAUGUUGAGAAGAAAUUAGCAGAAGGACUUGGAACUGUUUUGGAAUUUAAAUUAUGGAGAAGCUGUGCUGUUUUAAUGCUUCCUACUCUCGGAUUAGAUCCGCAUCAAACUACGGUAAAGGAAGAAGCCACGAGGGGAUAAUCAAGUAUGGAUUCUGCCUGGUAAAAGGGAAAGCCAAUCAUCCCAUGGAAGAUUACCAUGUUGCUAAGUUUGUUCAGAUUCAGAGACAUGAGUUGGGGCUCUUUGCUAUUUAUGAUGGGCAUUUAGGAGAAAAUGUGCCUGCCUACUUACAAAAACAUUUGUUUACUAAUAUCCUGAAUGAGGAAGAGUUUUGGGUUGACCCCAACAGCUCCAUCUCAAAAGCCUACGAGAAGACAGACCAGGCAAUUCUAUCCCACAGCUCUGACUUGGGUCGUGGUGGAUCAACUGCUGUUACUGCUAUCUUGAUUAAUGGUCGACGAUUAUGGGUGGCUAAUGUUGGAGAUUCGCGUGCGGUUAUUUCGAGAGGGGGCGAAGCUGUACAGAUGACCAUAGAUCAUGAGCCGAAUACAGAACGUGGCAUCAUUGAGAAUAAAGGUGGCUUUGUUUCAAACAUGCCAGGAGAUGUACCUCGAGUGAAUGGCCAGCUAGCAGUGUCACGAGCAUUUGGAGACAAGAGUCUCAAAUCUCACUUGCGAUCGGAUCCCGACAUUCGCGAUAUCGAUAUAGACGCCAACAUGGACAUAUUGAUUCUCGCAAGCGACGGUCUUUGGAAGGUCAUGGCCAAUCAAGAAGCUGUUGAUAUUGCUAGGAAAAUCAAAGACCCAUUGAAGGCUGCUAAGCAGUUAAUAACUGAGGCUUUGCAGAAAGAGAGUAAAGAUGAUAUAUCAUGCAUUGUGGUUAGAUUUAGGUGAUUUUAGCCUUUAAAUAUAUAUUUUUUCCCCUCCAGAUUCAGUAUAUACCCACCCCUAAUAAGGUUUUCUUUUUAUGCAAUGGCAAUUUACGGAUUAGGCCAAGAAAGUAAAUAUACGUAUUACGGGUAAUCCUUGCAAAGACUCUGAUUUUUAUCGGGCGAAAAAAAGAGCGGGAAGGAGACUGUCUCUGUAAAUUUAAUUAGGCUGAUUAUGUUCAUAUUGUUUGAUUUGUUUCUGAAGUUGAAUUUGGAGUUUUGAUGUAUAAUAUUAUUAUUGUGUCUUAUUAUCAAAUGGAAGGACUACCAAACCCUGUAGUCCAAGGAUAUUUCUUUA